CUACUUUUUUCUGAAGACUUGUGUUGUGUUCACAUUAGAAAAGAUGAAAGAGUAAAGGGGGGGUUUAAAAAACCCUAUUCUUGAUUUAUUUUUUGUUACCCUUCUUGGAAUGGAGCUGAAGAAGGAGAGGUUUGUAAGGUUCUACUCUGGUGAAAAGCAACAAGGUAGUUUUUUGGGAGGAAAAGCAGACAGUUCGAAUGUAGAGAAAAAAUUCUCAUCACCAUUAUUGAACUCUGAUGGCAGAUAUAAAGUCAUUGAUACUCUUAAGUUUGAGAGGCCUAAGAAGGUCUAUCCCGAGGACCAUGAGUCCUGGAGGAAGCGAAUACUUGAUCCGGGGAGUGACCUUGUAAUCCAGUGGAAUAGAAUUUUUAUUAUAUCAUGCUUGCUGGCACUGUUUGUUGACCCAUUGUAUUUCUUUUUGCCCAUCAUACAAGGAACUAAAGAGUCGAGUUGUGUGAAAACAGAUUUGAAUUUGCGAAUUGUUGUCACCAUUUUCCGAACUGUAGCAGAUUUUUUCUAUCUAUUACAUGUGUUCAUUAAGUUCCGGACUGCUUAUGUUGCGCCAAAUACAAGGGUAUUUGGGAAGGGUGAGCUUGUCAUGGAUCCUGGAAAGAUUGCUCGAAGAUAUUUAAAAUCCGAUUUUUUCAUCGAUCUGAUUGCAACUCUUCCUCUACCUCAGAUAGUUAUCUGGUUCAUUAUACCAGCAACAAGAAGCCAUCAUGCUAAUCAUAACAAUAAUGCUCUUGCGCUGAUUGUCCUAAUCCAAUACAUUCCCAGAUUAUAUCUUAUAUUUCCAUUAAGUUCACAGAUUAUCAAAGCUACUGGAGUUGUCACAAAAACUGCUUGGGCAGGGGCUGCAUAUAAUCUACUUCUCUACAUGUUGGCAAGUCAUGUUAUAGGGGCUGCAUGGUAUUUGCUGUCAAUUGAUCGAUAUACUUCUUGCUGGAAAUCGAUAUGCCGAAAGGAAGACAGCUCUACGCAGUGCGUUCUUCGCUACUUGGAUUGUGAUACUUUUGACCAAAAUGCUCGUAAGAGUUGGGCGAAUAUCACCAAGGUAUUUGAAAGUUGUGAUCCAGAUGGGGAUAGUACUUUUAAAUAUGGAAUAUUUGAAAGCGCAGUUAAAAAGGAUGUCGUCUCCUCAAGUUUUAUCGCAAAGUACUUCUAUUGCUUGUGGUGGGGCUUACAACAGCUAAGUUCUUAUGGGCAGAAUUUGUCAACGAGUACAUUUAUCGGGGAGACAUCCUUUGCUAUACUUAUUGCAAUUUUGGGUCUGGUUUUGUUCGCACACCUUAUUGGGAAUAUGCAGACAUACUUGCAGUCUUUGACGUUGAGGCUCGAGGAAUGGAGACUCAAGAGAAGAGAUACUGAAGAGUGGAUGAAGCAUCGUCAACUUCCUGAAGAUUUGAGAAAGCGGGUUAGACGUUUUGAUCAAUAUAAAUGGGUUGCUACUAGAGGAGUAGAUGAAGAGACAAUUUUGCAUGGCUUGCCUACUGAUCUUCGUCGGGACAUCCAACGUCAUCUUUGCCUGGACCUUGUCCGAAGGGUUCCAUUUUUCUCCCAAAUGGAUGAUCAAUUACUUGAUGCAAUAUGCGAACGUCUAGUCUCCUCGUUAAGCACAGAAGGCACUUAUAUCGUCCGUGAAGGAGAUCCAGUCACGGAAAUGUUGUUUAUUAUCAGAGGUAGGCUUGAGAGUUCUACAACAAAUGGUGGUCGGACUGGUUUCUUCAAUUCCAUUACAUUAAGGCCUGGAGAUUUUUGUGGAGAGGAGCUACUCGCUUGGGCUUUGCUUCCGAAAUCAACAUUGAACUUGCCUUCUUCGACCAGAACAGUCAGGGCGCUCGUUGAAGUAGAAGCGUUCGCAUUGAGAGCGGAAGAUCUCAAGUUUGUCGCCAACCAAUUUAGACGCCUUCAUAGCAAGAAGCUCCAGCAUACAUUUCGGUUCUACUCUCACCAUUGGCGCACAUGGGCAGCCUGUUUCAUACAGGCUGCAUGGAGACGACACAAGCGGAGAACAAUGGCAAAAGAUCUUGCAGCACUGGAAUCAUUUUCUCUGGAUGAGAGUAUGGUCGAUGAAACAGAGCAAAAUGAGGAGCAUGAUCAAGGUAACGAUAGCUCAAAUCCGUCCCCGAGAAUAUCACACCUCGGAGUCACAAUAUUGGCUUCAAGAUUUGCUGCUAACACAAGAAGAGGAGCUCAAAAGCUUAAAGAUGUACGACUGCCUAAGUUACAGAAACCUGAAGAGCCUGACUUUUCAGCUGAGCCUGAUGACUAGAUUACGACUAGUAGUUUCAUUGAGAUAUCGAUGCGAUGACCAACUCUGAGAUUGAAGUUUUCUGCGAUACAUUCUUACACUCGAGUAUCAUCGUUGUACAUGUGGAACACGCAUUCCUGAAAGAUAAUAAUAUUGUAAGAGGGGGAACUUUUGGCAAGGGAAUGUGGUUUUUUUUUCCCUUCCAUUUUGGUUAAUGUAAUUGUAUUUAAGAUUUAGUUUUUUCCAGUAGCAGGAUGCUAAUAUGUACUUGUAUAAACUCAAAUAUCUGAAGUCAUUUGUAAAAACUUAGUUGCUAGUUC